GAGGAUGACCUUCUCCUCAGGAACCACAUUGGUAUCCCGGACAUUCUGGCUUUAACGGCUCCAGAGGUAGAUCCUGCUCUGUUAUCUAUCACAGAGAGCAGUGUAUCCUCUGAUCCCACAGACCAGACUUUUCGCAAUAUACAGUUCAAAAUUGCUGAUGCUGUGGGCCACUAUUACUGA